UUUAUUGGAGCCCAAGUUGAGACCAUACAUCAUUGGAAAUAAAAGCUUCCAAUAUCUUUGGUUAAACUGCAAACCUUAUAUGGUCAUUGUCUUCUUGAGGUCAAAGAAAGAAACAAAUUUUGUUUUCAAAAUACUGUGACGAAUGCAAAAUCGACUUCAUUUUACACGAGACUCCAUCGAGGAAACCAGAUAACAGGUUGAAAUGGCGGCCGUUCUCGGCCACUACAACUUCUGGAACAUAACAAGCGAGCAAGCUCUUGAAGAAGGAUGGCUAAGCCUACAAAACGUGAGGCCACUUUCAGCGAUCAGCGCUGCCCUAUCGAUAGCAAUGGCACCAGUAAUCAUAUUUGGAAAUAUUUUGGUCUUAGUUGCAGUUUGGAAAGAUCCUCUCAAGAAACUCCGAUCAUCACCCUCUAACCUCAUUUUGACAUCCAUGGCCAUAGCAGAUCUUUUAGUUGGCUUGGUGGUUUGUCCGAUAACUGCUUAUUGGGGCUGGGUGAUAUCUUUCCGAGGAGAUUCACCGCUAGAUCUUUCUGUGAUAUUUGCCCUCAACGUUUUCUCUGUAAACGUGAGUUUUGGUCAUAUGUUCCUUCUAACAGUAGACAGAGUCUUCGCCGUAACCACGCCACUUCGUUAUCGUGUAAGAGUUACAAAUAAGAGAGUUUUUAUCGCCAACUGUGCUUGCUGGAUUUAUUUCAUAGCUUUUGGAAGUGCAUUCCUUGUGUUGCGCGAUUCAUUUGCCAUAAUCGGGGCUGUCUACAACUUUCAACUUCUAUUUAUGCUUUUGGGCAUGUUGGCCAUGUACGUAAUGAUCUUAAACUACUUUCACCGAUACUCCAAAGAAAGAGCAGAAGGACACUCACUCAGAGAUCGUAAUAUUAUAAUGCAAAGAGAAAAAGAUCUCUUCAAGGCAAUAUCGGUCGUUGUCUGUGCUUUUCUCAUCUGCUACCUGCCGUGGUUCAUUGUUCAAGUGUUGAUCUACUUAUGCAAAGCGUGCCAUCCACAUUUACCAUUACUGAUGAUUUCUUUCGGAUUUUCAGGAAGUCUGACAUACGCAAACUCAGGUAUAAACCCAUUUUUGUAUACGUGGCGACUCCCAAAAUAUAAAGAGACAUUGCUAUACAUUUGGAGGCAACUCAUUUUAAAGGAAGAAAAAGCUAACAAGUCAAAAUUUACGAUAUCUUAAAGCUUCUGUCGAGGGUUUAGUUGUCAGAGGCAUGAACCUUAGAUAUACAGAUCUAAUUGUCCUAAAAGAAUGGUGUUGAAUAUUUAAUAUCUGCCGCGUUUCGAACAACCACCAGAUUACGUAAACAGAAGGACCGUGGGGGUUAGUGGAUCGCUUGAUCGAAGUACGACGUCAGUAUCUGAAGAUUUUACUCUUCCAGAUCUAGAGAGUGAUGAAGGUCUCAUUGGGUCUAAUGAUAAGCUGUAAAACGAAAAAAAAUAUUGAGCCGUUAAGCGAAAAACUUGGCAACUUUUAACCGUUAGUCGUAAAAAAGUUAAUUGUUAAUUUCUUUUUAACCGUAGCGGAAAGAAAUUAAACGUUAGCAGUAAAAAAAUUUAUCACCCCAGCGAGACACUCGCUGAUUUAUCGCUUUUGAAAACCAUAAGUAGUACUUGCGUGAGAACGAAGUUCAAUGCGAGUGAUUUUGCUCCAACAAUUGUACUUCCUCUGACGCUGAUGCAUUUUAAAAAGGUAGUUUUCUUACGUGUUGUGAUUUCCAUUUGAGUUUGAUAAAUUAAUACAUAAAUCAAAUUUUAUGUGAGAUCCCUUAAGCCUUAAUCAAGCGAUCGACACAACAAGCCCAAGGGCCAUAGAUUAUAUUUAGUGAAGACGUAAAUAUCUUUAUUUGGGAGCAAAUAAAUAAAGUUAUCAUGGCGUCACUCACGAGAAACGAGCCACAAUUUCCUGUAAGUUCCCUCCAAGUUCCGAUUAUCAAACUUUAGUCAUACUCCCAAACAAUAUCUUAGUUUGGGCGCAAAUAAAUUUAGUAUAACAUUAUGAAUUUACUCAAGAGAACGAGUUACAAGUUACUGUAAAUUCUCUCCGAGUUCAAAACCAAACCGCCAGACAAUAGAGGUCGAGUAAUUGUAGAAAGCCUUGACCUGAAAAGUUCUGUUUAGCGCAGCCAUAUUAGUGUUACGAGAACCUUUCGUUUCCUACUUCAGUGGCGGAAAGUAAGAGUCGACAAAUGUCAAAAACUUUGGUGUAAUGUGACUCCUUUUUGCCGAAAACUCUACGAAGAGAACAAGACUUCGGCUUGUAUAUUUUCGAUAAGAAAAUGUAGGU